AGGAAGGAAUAAAGGCUGACGCUGUCUCUCGGCACACACACUCAUACACAUACACUCUUAACAUUUUGAGAUAACACAGCUCCUAGAUCUACACACAAUAUAAUCUACCUAGUUUAGACAUUGAAUUCUGACAUAGUAACCCUGAAGUGGUGCCAACAUCUGAAAAAAGCUGGACUGCUUAAGAGCACACAAAGGUGUUUUCAUUAGCCACUUGUUGCCUCGUUACACCUGGUUCACAGCCAGAGACCUCUCUGUGCUUGACCACAUUGUUUUCUGUCUGUGGAAACCCCUUUUGGAGUUACUGCACAAUAAAUUACCUUUUUGUGGCAAACAGCAAUACAGAAGGUGAGCCCUGGUGAGGGAAAGAGUUGAAGCAGUCAGAGAGAGGAGGUAGGACAGAAGAGACUGGUUUGGAGACAGUAUCAAUCCAUAUCUCUCCUUCUUUAAACUUCACUCUCCUCAUCCUCCUGCUCCUCAUCCGUCAUGACUGCCAGACGGACAGUCAUGCUCCUGAUUUUAGUGGUCCUCUCACUGCCAGGUCUCAUUCAUUGUUUCCAACCACUCUUCACAUUUGAUGGGAAUUCCUCCACUCACCGUGACAUCACACAAAGGGCAGUCCUCAGAAAGACGGCUGAGGUCUGCAGAGAUAUCGCUGCCUCUGAGGGACGGGACUUCAGCCUGACUAUUGAUGACAGCCUGUCAGCUGACAAGGUGCAGAGGGCCUGUUCCUCUACAGGUACUUCUACAAUUCUCCUCUCCAGUGUCAUAUUCCAAACAUCCAUUGCCGGUAUGUACUUCAGCAAUGCCAUAGUGGACGUGGUGUUCGCCCUGAGCGAGGAGCACCAUUUUGAUGAUGAGACCUUCCAGGGAGGACGGGAUGUCAUCACAUCAGGUGUGUCUGCUGUGAAAGCCAGUGUGAAGCUGGAGAACUUUGUUGCAGGGAGAUGGACUCUUGGACGAGUCUGUCAUACCCUGCAGGACUUCUACAGUCACAGUAACUGGGUGGAGCUGGGGAACAAAGCUCCUUACAGCACUCUGAUCAGACCAGACCAACCUCUUGAGAACCUGGCAGGCCCAAGUAUGCCAACCUGUAGGAACUGUACAGGAGGGAACUGUGCCGACAACCUUCUGCCUGACCUGCUGCAGCAGGGGCUUCUCACUUCAGGCUACUUCAACAUCUUCUCCUCAGCAAAGCCUGCGGGUAAAUGCAGCCACGGUGGUUUAUUUGACCAGACAAGCAGACGGGACCCAGUGGGGGGCAUCAGUAAGGAUGAUGUUGGGUCUAGUCAUGGCUCACUUCACCACAAGGCAGCUGAUUUGGCUGUGAAUGCCACUAUAGAGCUACUGGAGGACAUCAGAGCAGCUGUGGGAGACAGGAACUUCCUGCGACUGAUGGGCCUCUCCCAGUCCUCUGUUCUGUGUUUUGUCAUUGACACCACAGGCAGCAUGAGUGAUGACAUUGCUGAGGCAAAGAGAGUUUCCUUUGAAAUCAUUGACAGUAAGAGGGGGACCCAGCAGGAGCCCUCUGCCUACAUAUUGGUACCUUUCAAUGACCCAAGUUUUGGACCUCUGCUUAUGACAACCAAUGCAGAUGUAUUCAAAGACAGCAUCAACAAGCUGUCUGCAAAUGGAGGAGGAGACAUCCCAGAGAUGUGCCUGUCUGGACUGCAGCUUGCCCUGACAGCAGCUCCAUCCUCCUCCGAGAUCUUCGUCUUCACUGAUGCACCAGCUAAAGAUGCCUAUCUGAAAAGCACCAUCACUGCCCUUAUAGAGAACAGGAAGUCUGUGGUUAAUUUCAUUUUGACAGAUGUCCUGGUCAGUCGACGGCGCCGCAGAGGCAUUCAGGGUGUGAAUCCACGUUCAAUGAGCCAAUCAGAUGCCCAGCUGUACCGUGACCUAGCCCGAGCCUCUGGAGGUCAAACCAUUGAGGUCACCAAAUCAGAGCUCUCUGUGGCUACAAGUAUUAUAGAAGAUUCAUCAGCCAGCGCUGUGGUGACAGUUUUUCAGGUCAUGAGGAGUCCUGGAAGGCCCGAUAAUUUUACUUUUACUGUUGAUGGUUCAUUAAGGAAUAUGACUGCAUACAUCACAGGAGCCUCAUCUCUCACCUUCAGUCUCACCAGCUCUACAGGUGUAUCUCAGAAUUCCAGUCAGUCCAAUGGUCCUCUGGCAUCUUUCACUACAGCAGGAAACCUACGUCGCAUAAGCCUCAACACUGACAAUGAAACAGGAUUAUGGCAAAUCAGUGUUAACUCUAAUAGUCCCUAUUCUGUUAAGGUCACAGGUCAGAGUUCAGUGAACUUCAUUUACAACCUUGUGGAAGCUCAUGAAGGAGCCCAUGGGGACUUCAGUCUAAAGGAGGGACGUCCUCUCUCAGGUGGUAAUGCCAGCCUCUUGGUCUCUGUGACAGGAAGUGACACAGUAAAGGUCACAGAGGUCACUCUGUUUGACAGCUCAGGGCCAACGGAGGUCAAUGGAUCACUACAGUCGAUGGGAAGCGGUAACUUCCUGGUGACAUUCACUGGAGUCCCGGCAGGUGACUUUGUGGUUCGCCUGAAAGGAGAGGACAGCAGCUCCACCUCCAGGUCGACAACAAGCAGCUUCCAGAGACAGGCCUCCACACAGAUAAAGACCUCUGGCAUCUCUGUAACUGCCCAAGUCAACAACACCAACAUAGAACCAGGCUCCACCAUCUCCGUCCCUUUCACAGUUGCCACAACCACCAACGGAGUUGUUAACAACUCUGCAACUGGGACUUUUACAGUGCGAGCCAACAAUGACCGCAGUUAUACUUCCACUUCACCCAGCACCGUCACCAUAGCAUCAGGAAGCAGAGGCACAGCCAAUAGCACCGUAACCUUGACAGUACCGGCCAGCGCUGCGUCAGGAACGGAUGUGACCCUUACCAUUGAGGCAGAGAACGCAGCUGCCAGUGAUGUGAACUAUGCUGUCCUCAGGUUUUCGGUGGCUGCCAAGGUGACAGAUGUUACCCGCCCUGUGUGCCAGGUAGUCAGCACAUCAACCAACUGUCCGUCCUCCUCAUCGCUCUGCGCUUCCGCCCAAUGGGAGUUUGUCGCUAAUCUCACCGAUGGUGUUAACGGGACUGGCAUAGAGAGCAUCACCAUCCGCCAAGGGAAUGGCACCCUCAACACCAGCACAGUGGCUGGGGCAUCGGGUGAGAACAUCACAGUGGCUACCUAUAGCGCCUCCUGCUGUUCACAGAACGUGGAGCUGAUUGCUGUGGACAAAGUAGGAAAUGUGGGGACAUGUGUGGGACAGGCUAGGGAAUCUACCACCACUGCACCUGUGACUACAACUGCAGUUAACACAACAUCCACAGGAGGGCACACUUUGAGCAUAUCUCGCUGUCUCUGGAUCACUGUGGCAGUUUCCCUCUUUUGGAAGUAAAAGAUAAAUGUAAAUUGUAAUUGAAAACUGCACAUGAAUCACGUGACAUUGCUGAAAGUCUUUGAUAUCUCAAGUGUUUAAACAUCAUUGUCAUUACUUGAAGAAAUAGUGUGUAGAUUUGUCAUCAUAGCCGCAUGGUGAAGUGACUACAGCUGCCAUUAGUGCAAUGGCUGGUAGAAUCCCGACUAAACAAAGUCAGUGGAAAGUCCUCCAACUCCAAUGUUUUAAGGGUUUAAAUUGUUAGUUACAUUUCUCUCUUGGUGGCAAAUUUUGAGAGACGUGCUUGUAAUAAGGGGAUAUUCAAUCUAAAAAGAA